AUAAGGUUUUGAAUCUUGAAUCUAAAAGUAUUUGCUUAUUUUCUGACUGUGCAGGGUCGGGAGCAGGAGCACACGUUCAUGUUCCAGCUGGCAGGCUCCAAGAUCUGCAAACACCUGUGGAAGUGCGCCGUGGAGAGCCACUCCUUCUUCCGGCUACGCCAACCCACCACAGGCAACGCCAGCCGCAGCGACUUCACUCGCCUCGGGUCUCGCUUCAGAUUCAGUGGUAAAACAGAGUAUCAGGCCACUCAUGGAGGCAGAAUGAGGAGAGCAAGCACAUUCGAAAGACGGCCGAGCAAGAGAUACCCGUCCCGCACACAGUCCCUGGGCAAAGCUGCUAUUUCUCCAGGAAAGCCACAACAUAUCAGCUCUCACGCCAGCCCUGAUCCCAGCCUUCAUCGACGUCUCCUCAAUCCUCCCCUCCAGUACCAGCACAACAUUCCUAUUGGCCACGAGCCGUGGCACCCGGCUCACCCAGCUCUCACGCCUCCAGUUUACCUGCAGCCCUCGGGUCACACGCCACCUCACAGUUUCCCUCUGAGCAGUCCUUCUUCAGACCAUCAGUUCAGCGUGGAAGAUAAUGAGACUUCGUACUCGGGCAAGAUCCACCACCAUCACGGUUGCCACACACACAGCCACAACACGCUCUGCCACACACACACCAGGAACAAGCGCCGAGCUCCUCCCUGCCCUGCAGAUGAGUUGGACAUCUCUCAGUCUCUGCUCAAAGCUCUGGAGUCAGACAGUGAUUCUCCCCCCUGGCCUUCACUGCAGGUCAACAUGGACAACAAGGGAGAGGAGAAGCAGCUUUCUGAAAAGUCUCUCCACCCUCCUGUCUCCCCGGCGAUGCUUCCUGAUCAUCUCAAGUGCAAUAUCCUAAAGGCCCAGAUGGAAGCAGCCUUCAGGAAGGAGGCUUCACCAACGCCCAGAGGGAAGAACUCGAAUGAGACCCUCAUUGACAGGUAUCAGAACUCUUCCCAAGAUUCAGCUGUAUCCAGUCUGACAGCAGACAAGAUGCCACAUCUGCAAGACCGCAACCCAACGCCAGAGAGGCUGCAGCCCAGGUCUAACACGAGCACCAACCGCAGAAAACGACUGGUCAGACAGUUCAGCUUUAACCAUGAAGAUGAAAAUGAUCUCCCAGAAGCACUUGCAGCUAUCUCCUCCCAGAGUGCAGGGAAGUCAGGAUCUACCAACUCAUUGGAUACACAGAUACAGCCGUCCAUAUACCCACAGAUGGAAAAUAUGCCAGCUCUGGAGCUGGGUAGUCCAUGCCGUCCCUCUCCUUCGCCUUCUCCCCACCCCUCCCCUUCUUACUACCAUAGCUCCAUUCCUCGCCUGGCCCCCUACCUUGCUGCCCAUACUGACAGCGGAGAAGAAAUGAGGUUGGACAGAGAGAAGAUACUAAGAGCCCUCUUGAUGACGGAGCUCUGAGACAUUGACCCUUGGCGCAGCUGACCCGCCAUUUAAGUGAGGAAAGUGCAGAGGACCCAAAGGCGUUGGCUGCAAUCAACAUUUGUAUAUUUGCAUAAUACAUUCAGCAGUUAUAAAUAUAUAUUUGCAUAAAGGCAAUUUGCUUAAUUCUUACUUUAGGAUUAUGUUUCUUUAUAUUACUUCAAAUGAACCUGUAAAAAACAAGUGAGGUAGAAGAAAAUGGACUUUCAAACAUUACAGACAAGCUACAGAUGUGACUGGUGCUGCCUUCAUGAUACAUGUUACAUGAUGAAUAUUUAUCUAAUUUGCUUUGGGGUUAUGUUCUACUUCUUUGUCAUCAUCACAUCAAUGUCCAUCUUGAUGCCUAAACUGUUUAUUGAUCUCUACAAUUUUUGGAAAUGUGAAAAUACAUUAUAUGUUGAUUACAGAGCAGGCUUAGUUCCUUAUGUCAGAUAUCUAUUUUUCAGAUACAAUUGCAGUGUUUAGACAACUUGAACCUGAACAAAGUGUGUAGAAAGUGAAGAACAGCCAUGUGUGGGAGAUGUUGAGGCUGGAUUGUAAGACUUUACAGCUGCAGUCUCAAUCCACUCACUAGAAGGAGACAAAUGUGCAGUCACAGCUGAGCACAUUGAUGAUUUUAUAUCACAGGUCAAAAUGCAAAACUGAUCUCAGAAGUCCUGUUCAAAUAAGCUAUUGUUGAAGCAAAACCCUGCUGCUCAAGAACAUGGUUUCAGUCUAUUUUUCUGUCACAAACACAUCUGUCGCGACUGAUGAUCUGCUGCUGUUCUGUAUGUGUUGAUUUUGUUGAUCUUAAUAAAGGACACAUUAUCAG